AUGUUAUUAUUUUUAAAACCUAAUUUUCGCAAUAACAUGCUUGUUAAGCGGAAAGUAUGGAAAAUAUGGAAGAAACAUCAUUACACCAGUACUAUUAGCACAACGAAUUUGAUGGUAAACUGCAAGCAAGAGAAUGUUGGAGGUUUGUAUAAGUAUGCGUGUAUCGUUCCUUACAAGAAUGACAACAUUCUGUCGCUAGAAAAAAUUUAUGAUGAGAAGUAUAACCACGUUUUCAGUGAGAAUAAUAUUGAAAUUGAGUCUAAUUUGAUGUAUAUGUACAAGUUGUUAUUAAAUAGUCGAAGCAUUGAACAAAUUCGGUUGCAAGUCCAUAAUUCUUACUGUGCAUAUGAAAACAAUUUUAUAAAUGAUGUGAAAGGCAUCAAUUGGUCUGCUUAUAUUCCAUUCAGCAGUGUCCUUGUUGAACCUCAAAUAAGUGUGAAAAGUAUAAAAUCUCGUUUAUACCACACGUGCAUGAUAAAAAAUAUUAUCCUGAGCGUAAUUAAAAAGCAACAACAAGUGUAUAUAGAAAAAAAUGGAGAUGAAAAUAUCCUUUUAAAAAAGAAAAAAUUAAAUCCAUCGACUUUGCAACCAUUAAAAAUACAUGUCUUGUUCAGGUAUAAUGAAUUAAAAAUAAGUAUAAACAUAAGUAAUGACAUGAACAAACGUAUAUAUGUAUUAUAUAAAAAUCAACAUUCUUUGAAAAGUACAAUUAUAGCUUCAGCUAUUUUUAAAAUUAACAUUUUCAAUUACAUUAACAGUGGAAAAAAUUUAUAUGUAAUUGAUCCCUUUUGUAAUGAUGGUGGUAUACUAUUCGAAACGCUUAGCAUUUUAAUGUCAUCCCCCAAUGGAUCUCCGAGCAUUAAAUAUCCUAUCACAUCAUUUCCUUUACAUUCACCAUCUACUUUUUAUGAAGUAUUAAAUGAAGUUAGUUUGACUCCACAGAAAAAUAUCAAUCAUGUGUACUUUCUAGGUAUUGAUGAAAAUAAAGAUCAUAUAAAACAAGCUAACGAAAACCUGAAAAUUUUUUUUGAGACAAUGCCACGUAGUGUUAAUGAAGAAAAUGGUGAAAAUGAAAAGCUUGAUCACAUUUCGAGAAAUUAUUUGGAUAAAUCAAUUCCAAAUGGAAAGAUACUGGAUGAGAAAUUGAAGCUAAAGGAUCGAUGGAAAAACGGAACAGAAGAUAACUCAAAGGAAGAAAAGAAGAAUCUCCUUUUUGAGAUACAAAAAAAAAAAGUAAACGAUUUUUACACUCUUAGUUCACACGAAUUGAGAGAAUUAUUUUUUGCUGAUGAAAAAGGCGGAAAAAAUAGCAUUUGCAAUUCCCUUGUGGAGAGAAAUAUAAAAUUCUAUUAUUUGAAUUUUUUAAGACUUCAUAAUGUGUGUGAAAAUUGUAUUAUAAUUACUAACAUAUUAAAUCAAGAAAAAAAUAAAAUAAAAAAAUUCGAAAAAAUACUACUACGCUCUCAGAUUUUAAAUGCGUUUGUUUUUGCCCAGGAGAUAUAUAAAGAAAAAACGAAAUUGAAAUUUAAAAUAUUAUUACGAUUUGUAUCGAAUGGACAAAAUGUUAUUUUUAUGCAGCUCUUUGGGAAAACUCGCACAGGGGUAUAUGACGAAUUUGGGGAUGAAUAA